GCACAUAAAAAGAAGGGUUCGGGUUCUUCAUCCGCGAAACAAAAAAGCCACCGAUUAUUCUUUUCUCCAUUAUAUACACCUGUUUAGGUUAGAGGGAAUCGUUACAUCAUAGCUUUGAAUUAUCAGGCAUACCUCACUGCCUUUCUACAGAGAUAAUACCUCUCGUACAAAGUAGAUUUAUACUAUCACUAAAUAGUGCGACAAAUAAAAGGGGACCGACUAUUAUUUUGGACCGAGGACUCUUUAAAUUGGUUCCCAGUGCACAGUUGGACAUCUGGCCUUUGGUGAUCUAAUUAGUACGAAUAACGAGUUUAGGGGGCGUGGUUCCUGUACUGAAAAGGUGCUGAGGCAAUAAUUACUUAUUGUUGCAGGGGACAUAUUGUUGUUACUCUUUAUCGGUGACAGAAUCCAGUGUGGAUAAUAGAUGCACAUUACGUCGAGCUUACAUUCAGGCGAUUUUUUUACACGUAGUUUGUGACAAGUCGCUGUGUGCUCAUUUCCACUGCAAGUGUAUAUCUGCAUACACGUGUCUGACUAUUGUGUGUGGGUACACGACGAUUCAGUGAAACUAACGAACAACCAGAGCGCAGCAGAGGAGGGUUGGCGCGUUACUGUUGUCUUCGGAUUUUCGCUGGGACAGCACGCUAUCACGGGAAGACAGCAGACGACUUCUAACUUUCAGAGAUAUCUGUGUUUUUUCCUAAUUUUAUAAAAUUAAUUAAUUCCACGUGUCAACAUGGCUGGAAUAUACGGAUAUAUAUUUUGUAUACUGUGUAUAUUGGAUUUUAUUUAUUUAUCUGACGCUGUGUGUAAUUACGUGAAACGAGAUGUUGCAUAUAAAGUGGUAAAAUCAGAUGUUGUUUUAACUGGCAAAGUUAUCAAAAUUAUGGAAGGAGACAGUAAACAUUUUCCCGGAAUUCAGGGAGCACAAACGCUUGAGUUUGAAGCCGAGUGCAUCUACAAGGGUGGUGACAUGAAUAAAGAUGUGACAGUUUAUGGAUUUGGUACAUUUGAGGACUCUUCAGGGAUGUGUCACAACACGAGCUCUAUCCGGGCAGUGGAUGGCGAAACUAUUCUAUAUUUAGAGAAAAAACAAAAUGGCGACCUCGUAAAUAUGUAUAUGAAUGAUCCCAUCUCUUAUUUGGACGAACUUACUGUCUGUGGAGAGGAGAGUCCAAGGCUAGCAGAAGGUCAACCAGUGCCGGAUUUUUUUGACGAAGUUUGUCCUUUUUACGAAGAUGAAUGCAUCCGGUAUAUCGAGCCUGUAACAAAAGUCACAGAGGCCCCUACCACGCCGAGUCCGGAACCGGAAACUUCACCAGUAACACCCAAACCAACGACGGAGAAGGGAAUCCUUUACUCUGUCAAGCCUCAGGUCAAAGAUGGUGGAAACGGAGCCGGCAGACUAGCAAACUCCUUGACAUCAAUAGUAGCCUUAUCAACCAUUUUAGUGUCUCUGUUAGUUUGAAUUUUGAGAAUGUAGCGUUUAUCAAAUUUAAUCAUUUCAAUCAUGACACAAUUCACCAUGCUAGAGGAAAAGUUAGGAAAAUUAUAAUGUAUUUUACUCAGUUGUCAAUGAGAUCCAAGACUCCUAGCUGUCAUUCCAAAUUGUAACAUCAAAGUACCAUGUGCAUGUGCUAUAAUGAGCAGGGCGAUUGUGGCGCCUCUCAGCAUAUUAGCAGUUGAGCCUAAUUAAAGCUCCGAUUUUUCUAUUGAACACGACUUCCAUCAGAACUACCUCUACGUUUUGUUGUGCGAUAGGUUUCUUGUUUAAUAAUGAAGUCUUCCCCGAUGUGUAAUUGAACUUCACAUGGGCAAUAUAUGGGCAACGGGAGGCAACUCUCAUUGCAGUCAAACAUUUUAUAAAAAUGAAGUUCGUCUGAUUACGAUUAAAACCCAUUUUGAUACACCACAUUGGUACGUACUUAGUUCAUAUUACCUUAAUACUGCACGAAUGCACCAAAAAGUUACAUAAAAACAAUUUAUUAAAAGAAUUGCAAUUAAAAUUAAUUUAAGAAUAAAUGCCAUUUGGGCCCUAUCUAAAGAUAUAAGAUUAUAAAAACAGUUUCUUUUCCCCCUCUUUAUCUUGUAUUUAUAUGGCAGCCUCUGUGUACACGUAUAAACUGUUGUGUUUGGUAAGGUGUGCUUUUGUUAUAAAGUGUUUUACAAUUAAUUUAUAUUUUAGCUUUUUAAUCAACAAAUUCUCGCCAUUCCAUUUCUCAAAGUACGGUGCUCGUAUUUUGUAGAUCUCUGGGAGUUUUUCUUCAGUAGCCCUAUUCCCCUUCCAUUUAAACAAUUUAAGAAUUGAGUUCAACUGCACAUUCAUCACAUAUCUGAUCAUAUGUAAUCAUUCUUUACUCGAGUAUAAUCGAAACGUCUCGGGCUAUUCAACAAGCGGGAAAACAGCCCCGAAUGUUUUACGAAGGCAUCUAUGACAAAACCUUUUUCACAAACUGUAACUAAAAUGUAGGACAGCCUCUCAUCUGAAGAGUUAGUCUAGAUCAAUAAAACAUCACUUAGAAUAUACCUCAGAGGGGACAAUCAACUGUAUUUAUUGAAAAACUAAAAGAAAGAAAUUCCAUUUUUUAUUAAAUUUCAACAUCCAGUGAUUUUAUUAUAUAAAUUCGUAAUCGCACAGGAAAGAUAUUUAAUCAUUUUAUUAAUACGAUUUUGUGAGUCCUCCAAAUAUUUUCCCUUUGAAUUGUGAACUACUGUCUGAAGCAACGAACAUUUAACAAGUUUCUGCUUUGUAAAAUUAUAUUAAGAGAACGUUGUAACCAAAGCCUAAAUGAAAAGAAGUAGGGUGCGUGUCAGUCGAAGAUUGCCGAUUGAGACAUUCUCGGUGUUUUUCUGAGCUUGUCGAAAAGUCUCGAGAAGAUGAGAUUAGACAAGUUUUUUUAGGGAGAGUUUGAGUUGUGUAUGCUUAAUCAAGCCCAAAGACAUUACUCAAAAGGUCGGGUCUUUAUGUUUCUUACAGAACAGAUCAUGUCCAAAAUACUACAGCUAGUACAAAUAUGAAUCUCUUAUAUUAGUAAAGCAAUCUUUCGCCUUGGAAUAAGAAAUUGUUGGGAUUUUUUCCAGAAAUUAUCUGCAAGGUAGUUAGAAUGAUUUGCAUACAUGCAUUUAUCUUGAUUUAUUUUCCAUGUGUUCAUUAUAAUGUAAUCAAACUGAGCAUCUUGUAUGUUUUUUCUCUGGGUAUGCAAUGUGUAUAUUUUAAAAUAUUGGAGAGAGAUUUUCUUCUUUUUUUUUGUUUUAAACCGUGUAUUUUUUUCCGUUGAGAUUCUGUUUAGACUUGUGUUUUUAUGUAUAGUUUGCUCAAAUAAUAUAGCAGUCAUAAUCGUGGUUAAUGAAUAACUAAAGACAAU